AUUUGGAUGAAUUGAUCGUGAAUACAAUAUAGUAUGCAGGAAGACGAAAAUGGUGAACGACAUUGUGGAAAUUGACAUGCUAACAAAUAUUCAUCAACAUCAUCAUCAUCAUGUUUUACUAAUUUUUUGUUUUCCGAAUAUGUUCUUUCUCUUUAUUUUCGAAGGGAAUUAAGAUGGAAGGCAGACGAACAUUAUCAGGAUUACAAUACAAAGUGGAAGACAAUCCUCCAUGGAUAACAACAGUCUUUCUAGCUUUUCAGCAUUAUUUGAUGCUUCUUAGUUCGAAUUUAGCCACUCCUGGACUAGUUGCUAUAACAAUCUGUGCUCGAGGUGAUGUAGAGGUUGCUUCCAUACUAUUAGGAAACAUGUUGUUUGCUUGCGGUAUCUGCACAGUCAUUCAGUUCUUCUUUGGUGUAAGACUACCAAUCGUUCAGUGUCCACAAUAUGCUUAUGUUGUUCCCGCCAUAGUCCUCACAUCGUUUGAUGAAUGGAAAUGCCCAGACAUCUCUGCAUCAUCAAAUAAGUCCAAUGUUGUUAUAACUAACUUUACAUUAGGCAAUUUAACAGACAGUAAGGAAGAACCGUAUUGGCAACAACGUCUUAACAUGAUAACUGGUUCUCUAAUGGUAGCUUCAGUAUUUGAGAUAGUAUUGGGAGCCAGUGGUAUCUUAACGGUUUUACUCAGAUUUAUUGGACCCCUAACAGUCGCACCAACUAUCAUGAUGAUGGGGCUUGGUGUGUUACAACCAGGGUAUGAACUGGCUGGAAGUCACUGGGGUAUUGCAUUUGGAACCAUGGCUAUGAUUGUGAUGCUGUCAGAGUGUAUACCUAAGUUCAAAGUCUCUUUACCGUGUCAGUUUAUACUUACGGCGAAGCAAGACACAUGUACCAAGAAAGAAAAGCACAAAAAGACAGAGAUAGUUGCCCAUAAGAUGUUCUCGGUGAUAAUUUCUGUGAGUUUUAUGUGGUUAUUGUGUUACAUACUAACAAUCACAGACGUAUUUCCUGACAGUGAAGAUAGAUAUGGAUAUCAUGCACGUACAGACGUAAGAGACAACCAACUGAAAACAGCUCCGUGGUUUUCUUUUCCAUAUCCAGGAAAGUUUGGGAUGCCAACAUUUAACUCUGGUUUGUUGAUUGCAUUUAUUGGUGGUGUAUUCACAUCAACAAUCGAAUCUAUCGGAGAUUACUACACAUGCGCAAGAAUUGCUGGUGCAGUGCCUCCUCCACCCUCUGCAGUGAAUAGAGGUAUCUUGAUAGAGGGCAUAGACUGCAUAGUAGCUGCAGCUGUAGGUGCUGGGUUUGGUGUAACUUCUUGCAGUCAGAACAUUGGAGCCAUAAGUUUGACAAAGGUUGGUAGUAGAAGGGUUGUAUUGGUAGCUGGUAUUCUAAUGAUGAUCUUUGGCUGUUUUAACAAAUUCAGUACCCUAAUGGUCACCAUACCAGAUCCAAUAGUUGGUGCUUCAUUCAUUGUACUAUUUGGAGUGCUGGCAGCUGUCGGAGCCUCUAAUCUACAAUAUGUUGACCUGAACUCUACAAGAAACAUGGUUGUGUUUGGUAUAUCUCUGUUCAUGGGGUUUGCUUUGCCAAUAUGGACACAACAAAAUGAAGUCAUCUUUAAACAAGGUGAUGGAAAUGGUAAACAGGUAUUGCUGGCAUUACUGGGAAAUAGUAUGUUCAUGGCAUGUUUUACUGCACUGCUUCUAGACAAUGUUAUUCCAGGAACAGAUCAAGAGAGAGGUAUCUUAUCAUGGCGAGAAUUGACCAAAGAACAUUUAGAUGACAAAGAAAACUUUUCCUUACGAACAUAUGACCUUCCUUUUGGUAUGUCAAAAAUAAAAUCUUGGAGCUGGGCCAGAUAUAUUCCUUUUUCUCCAACAUUUACAGGAGACAAGUGUGGUCCUUGUACUUGUACUAAAUCAACAGGGUCCACCGGAGAGAAGCAGGAUAUUAUUCUAAGUGAUAACUGUGUCCAAGUGUAGUACUUGUAACAGAUCAGCAAAUGACAUGUUAACUAUAUAAAAGACAGUGGUAUUUUAAAUGAUCAUUUUGCUUUCGAGUGUAGAAUUGUUGACAGAAUAGGGAUUAGUUUCAUUCUAUAAUAAUAUGUGUAUAGAGAUUUUUACAUCUUCUUUGAUACUAUUUAAAUGCUUAAAUGUAAAUGGUGCAAUUUUUCAAAGCAUAUUCAACAAUAUGGAAAAAAUGACUUAAAAUUCAUGAAAUUCUCUGAGUACAGGGUAAUCAAAUGUAAAUAAUCAUUGUUAUACUUAAUUACAUAGUUUUUUUUAUUAGCCAUCCAUUAUUUAUGUUUUUUGCUUGUUUCAAUGCAUAAUAUUUAAUUGAUCAUUUUCAUUAGAAAUUAUUAUUUCAUAGAAAUAAAAUAA